AUGGCAGCCGACGGUCAACAGGAUUAUGUGGUGGCCGCGCCUCGCGCCAAACUGCAGAAAAAGGCUACCCUUGUGCUCGAAGAUGGCACUCGCUUCAACGGCUACAGCUUCGGUGCCCCCGUCAGCGUCGUGGGCGAGACCGUCUUCCAAACCGGCAUGGUGGGCUACCCUGAAUCACUCACCGAUCCCUCGUACACCCGCCAGCUCCUCUGCCUGACCUUCCCUAUGAUUGGCAACUACGGUGUUCCCGAUCGCCAAGUCAAGGAUGCUUUUGGGUUGCCAGCUUUCUUCGAGUCGGACCGCAUCCACGCUGCUGCUCUCAUCGUUGAUGACCUCACCGAGGACUACAG